AUGAGUCUUCUAGCUUGGAAUUGCCGUGGGCUGGGUAAACCACGGGCAGUUCAAUUUUUAAAAGAAAUUACCCAACAGCUUAAACCUAGUAUUAUUUUCUUGUCUGAAACAUUAUCAAAAAUAAAAAAAAUUGAAGAAGUUUGUAAAGCUUUGCACUUUGCUGGAUGGUGGGGAAUAGAAGCUCAGGGACAUAGUGGUGGCUUGGCCUUGUUAUGGAAAAACGAAGGGGGUUGUACGAUCUUGGAUGGGAGCAAACACUAUAUCGACUUUGAGGUGGAAAACAAUCAGGUUGGAAGAUGGAGAUAUACGGGCUUUUACGGAUGCCCUGAAAGGGAGAGAAGGCGAGAGUCUUGGGAUAUUAUUCGAAAUCUAGCGGGUCGGUCAACACUUCCGUGGUGCAUUAUAGGAGACUUUAACGAUAUGUUGUUUGCAGAUGAGAAAAAAGGGGGUCGUGUUCAACCAAGAAGCUUAUUAGUGGGAUUUGGAGAGACGAUUGCUUCAUGUGGCUUGACUGAUUUGGGAUUUAAAGGGGAAAAGUUCACUUGGGAGAAAUCUCGCGGAAACCAUGGGUGGGUUCAGGAGAGAUUAGACCGUGGGUUGGCAAAUAACUCAUGGAGAAGUAUGUUUCCUAUGGCGGAGGUUCAGGUAUUGGAAGUGGCUACAUCUGAUCACCUACCAUUGUUUUUAAAUUUGCAGAGACAGGUCUUUGAAGUUAAAGAAAGGAGAUUUCGCUUUGAAAAUAGUUGGGUUAAAGAAAAAGACUGCAGAGAAAUUGUGAAACAGAGUUGGCAGGGGAACGAUAGUCAGGACCUAAUGACGAAGAUUACCAUGUGCUGUAAUAGAUUACAAGAGUGGGGGGGAGGUGUGAGUAGAAAGUAUAAACAGGAGAUUAGUAAAUGUCGAGAAAGACUGCGCAGGUUGAGAUCAAGGAGAGAUGGGCCGGGGAUUCGAAUGUAUAAUGAUGUUAGAUGGGAAUACAUGCAAUUGCUGGAAAAACAAGAAACGUAUUGGAAACAACGAGCCAAACAGUUCUGGCUACAAGGUGGGGAUAGGAACACAAGUUUCUUCCACAAUUAUGCCUCUGGGAGGAAGAAAAUAAAUACAUUGCAGCGGAUUAAAAACGAUGAAGGAGAGUGGAAGGAAACUACCGAGGAGAUUCAAGAGGUCAUCGAGAAUUAUUUCUCGAAGUUGUUUACAGCACAGACGACAGAUGGAAAGUUGAGCGAUAGGGAGAGAGUCAGUAGGGUGACUGCAAGUGACAAUGAAGCUUUGUUGGCGGAAAUUACACCUGAGGAAGUUAAAGAAGCUGCUUUUUCUAUGCACCCGGAUAAGGCACCAGGGCCAGAUGGCCUAAACCCAGGUUUUUUUCAAGUUUACUGGAAUAUAGUAGGAAAGGAUGUGGUUUUAUUUUGUAAAAAAUUCCUGCAAUCAGGUGAACUGCCAAAUGAGGUGAACCAUGCUGUAGUCCGAUUGAUCCCUAAGACAAAAGAGCCACAAAAUAUGACUGAGUUGCGUCCGAUUUCUUUAUGUAACGUGCUAGUCAGAAUACUGUCUAAGGUAAUGGUCAAUAGACUAAAACCAUGCCUAGGUUCUGUGAUAUCUGAAGUGCAGAGCGCUUUUUUGGAAGGGCGAUUAUUAACGGAUAACGCAAUGAUUGCAUUUGAAGUAAACCACUACAUGAAGAGACGGACACAAGGAAACAGGGGUUUGGCAGGAUUAAAAAUAGACAUUUCGAAAGCUUAUGAUAGAUUGGAGUGGGGGUUUAUCAAAAAUAUGAUGAUGAGGUUUGGGUUUCAUGAGAUAUGGAUUGAUAGGAUUAUGAAAUUUAUAUCGACAGUGUCAUAUGGAUUUCUACACAAUGGAGCAGAGAUUGGACGAGUAAUUCCAACACGGGGGGUACGUCAAGGAGACCCAAUUUCUCCGUAUAUAUACAUCAUGUGUGCAGAAGGUUUAAGUGCAAUGCUGCGAAGAAAUGUCGAUGAUGGGCUCAUACAUGGGUGUACAGUGGCUAAGAACGCACCAAAUAUCUCGCACUUAUUUUUUGCAGAUGACUGUUACCUGUUCUUCAAAGCUACAGAGGUGGAAGCUGACAAUAUGAAACGGAUUCUAAACAGGUAUGAGCUGAUCUCAGGGCAGCGUAUUAAUUUUGGGAAGUCUACAGUGGUUUUCUCCCCUAACACAAGGGUGGAGGAUAGAGUAAAGGUCUGUGAUAAGUUGGGAGUGAUUGAAAUAGAUAAACCAGGGAAUUAUCUGGGAAUGCCUAUGAGUAUUAGUAGAAAUAGAGUUGCAACCUUCUCUUUUUUACUUGAUCGGGUAGACCAAAAAUUGCAGACAUGGGGGAAUAAAACACUGUCUAAAGCUGGAAAAGUACUUUUACUGAAAACGUCAGCUCAAACAGUUCCAAAUUUCUGGAUGAGUUUGAUGUUAAUCCCGUUAGAAAUUUGUGAUGGAAUUGAGAAGAAAUUCAAUGCCUUUUGGUGGGGGAAGAACAGUUCGGGUGGAGGAAUAAGAUGGCUUUCAUGGGAUAGAUUAUGUGAAGUAAAGGAGGCUGGGGGUCUUGGAUUUAAAAAGCUACGAGAGUUCAAUGUUGCAAUGCUGGCAAAGCAGGCAUGGCGCUUGAUAAACAACUGCAACCCCGUAGUUACAUCUUUGAUGAAAGCCAGAUAUUAUCCACAAUCGGAUUUCCUAAAUGCUAAACUUGGAAACAACCCCAGCUACAUUUGGCGUAGUAUUCUUGAAGCCCAGAAUGUGGUACGAAUGGGAGCGAGGAAGAAAAUAGGAGAUGGAAACAGCACGUUAGUGUGGCAGGAACCAUGGUUGCCCUGCGUUGACAAUGGUUUCAUGACAACUGAAAGGUACGCCCAGUUAGAACAAAUUACAGUAGCUAAUUUGAUGGAUGAGAAUCAGGAGGGGUGGGAUGAAGAUAUUUUGGAUGAUUUAUGCAAUGAAAGGGAUAAGAAAUUGAUAAAACAACUCCAUGUCCCCAUGCGUAAACGAAAUGACUCAUGGUAUUGGUUAUUGGAUGACACGGGAAGAUUUACGGUAAGGAGCUGCUAUCGUAAAAUCAAAGGGGAGAGUGAUUGUCCUGAUAGAAGUUUUUGGAGUAAAGUUUGGGGACUCAAACUUCCAGGAAAGGUGAUAAAUUUCAUAUGGAGAAUGUGCAGAGAAGUGCUCCCGACAGCUGCAAAUCUAAUUACCAAGCAUGUUAAUAUUGUUGAUAGAUGUGCUUGGUGUCAAAAUUAUGUCGAGGACACUGCCCAUGUUAUGUUUCUUUGUGAGUUUGCAAGAGAGGUCUGGGCUGCUGUAGGUAUGCUGAGCCUGAUUGCAGAGGAUCCUGGAGAUACGGUGCUGCAGGUUACUAAAAGAAUUUUUACCAAGGGUAACAAUGAACAGAGGGCUAUGUAUGGUAUGAUUUGUUGGGCCUUAUGGUACAGGCGAAACAAAUGGGUAUGGGAGAGAGUGACAGUGUCAUCUUUCGGGGUGAAAUCUAUGGCAUUAAACAUGAAGACUGAUUGGAGCAAGGCUAGGGAGGUGGAGGAGCAUCAUGAAGGCCAACAACAAAUGAGGGUGCAUACAUGGUGUAAACCACCAGAACAAUGGAUAAAAAUAAACACGGAUGCAGCGUGUCAUGUGAAUGGAGAGAUGACUGGCCUAGGAUGUGUGGCAAGAGAUGAGUCUGGUCAAUUUGUUCGAGCAAGGAGUAGGAAGGUACAGGUUGGACAUCAACCACGAAUUGCUGAGGCUUUGAGCAUGCGAGAAGCACUCUCCUGGACAAAGGAAUGGAGAUCGAGCAGAUGUGUUUUUGAAACAGAUGCUAAGACACUGGUGGACGCAAUUAACAAAGUAAAGGAGAGCCAAGGGGAGUCGACGUUCGAUACAAUUGUUGAUGAUUGCAGGGAGUUAAUUAAACACUUUGAGGAAGUGUUAAUUGUUUUUGUUCCUAGAUCAGCGAAUAGUGUUGCCCAUUUGUUAGCAAAGGGUGCAUAUUCUAUGUCUGGUUUACAGGAGUGGGUUCAUACGGCUCCUGAUUUUCUCAUUUGUAACCUUGAUUUAGACAUGGUUUGA